UAUAUCAAACUCAGGCGAGGAUGUCAAUGGGUCUGUAAUGAGAGGUAAAAGGCAUAAUGUCUGAAAUUAAGUUAUGACUCCUAUUCUAAAGUUCUUGCAUCUGAUUUUGAAGAGAUACAUUUGAUGCAAGUGAUUGUUUCACGACAAGCCAUUAGUUCAGACUGAUUCCGGGAUGAAGAUCUUAAUUCUUUACCCAAAGGUCAAGAAUUACUCAACUUUGAGGCGUCUCAUUCAAUCUCGAUUCAGACUCCAGACAAAUAAACAGAGACCGGCGAAAGACCAAAAUUGAAACCAAACCAGUCCUCUUCCACGUCCGCUGUUAUUAUUUUCCAAAGGGCAUUUGAAUUUCGUAAUUCGCUGUUGUACACAAACAUACCAUCUCUCGCUCUCUCUCUCGCUCAAUUGUCCUUCUUCUCUCUACUGUUCUCCCUCAUUAUUUCUGUUCCGUCGGUGCGUCUCACUUGUCUUAUUUCAGACUGCCACUGCCUUAUCUAUUCGUUAAAGAGAACCCAUGUGGUUUUGAUGAUAAAGAUCUUCAUGGACUAGUAGAUUAAUUUACAUUAUAUUCUCCUGCACAAAAGAACAAACGGCAGCCAUGCAUCUCGGUGGUUCCACUGCAUCCCAAGAAGCCAUUUGUGUCCUCGAUUUGGUAUCCCAAUUGGGUCGCUUUGCAUUCGACACGAGGCUCCACACUUCUGGCUCGGAUGGGUGCAAUGCCUUCCUCUCCAAUUUCCUCUACUACGAAGCCCUUGAUGGUUCAGAGAAGCGCAUCUUGCGGGCCUCACUGAGUUUAGGUAGUAGAAGCGCUUCUGGUAUUAGGAGUAUUUUGCAUGACUUCAACAGAUAUAUAAAGUUCCGUUGCGAGAGACUUCCAAUUGGGUUCGCCUCUGUUCGGGUUGGCUUGGGGAACAAUAAUGGGCUUAGAGAAGAUGGGUGUGGUGUGUUGGCGGACGAUGGCUUGGCAUUAGACGCUGUGGAGGCUAAGGCCCCCAAAAAGGUUUUGAUUUUGAUGAGUGACACCGGUGGGGGUCACCGGGCUUCGGCCGAGGCUAUAAAGGCCGCGUUUCAUGAAGAAUUUGGGGAUGAGUAUCAGGUGUUUGUUACCGAUUUAUGGACGGAUCAUACUCCUUGGCCAUUUAAUCAACUUCCCAGGAGCUAUAAUUUUCUGGUGAAACACGGGACCUUGUGGAAAAUGACAUACCAUGCAAGUGUUCCACGCGUGGUGCAUCAGUCUAACUUUGUUGCAACUUCAGCAUUUAUAGCUCGAGAGGUUGCUAAAGGACUGAUGAAAUACCAACCAGAUAUUAUUAUCAGUGUGCAUCCACUGAUGCAGCAUGUUCCUCUUCGAAUCUUGAGGUCAAAGGGUCUUUUGAAGAAGAUUGUCUUCACGACAGUAGUCACAGAUCUAAGCACUUGCCAUCCUACAUGGUUUCACAAGCUUGUAACCAGAUGCUAUUGCCCAUCAGCAGAGGUAGCGAAGAGGGCCCUAAAGGCUGGACUCCAUGCAUCCCAAAUUAAGGUUUAUGGACUUCCUGUGCGACCCUCCUUCGUCAAGCCUGUUCGUCUGAAGUUUGAGCUAAGGAGAGAACUAGGAAUGGACGAGAAUCUUCCUGCUGUGUUGCUGAUGGGAGGAGGAGAAGGGAUGGGCCCUAUUGAGGCUACUGCUCGAGCUCUUGGAGAUGCAUUAUAUGAUGAGAAUCUUGGGGAUCCUAUAGGUCAGGUGCUUGUGAUAUGUGGCCGCAAUAAAAAGCUUGCCAGCAAAUUGCUUUCUAUAGAUUGGAAGGUUCCUGUCCAGGUGAAGGGGUUUGUCACCAAAAUGGAGGAAUGCAUGGGAGCUUGCGAUUGCAUCAUCACAAAGGCUGGCCCGGGGACUAUUGCAGAGGCCAUGAUCCGAGGCCUCCCUAUUAUUUUGAAUGGUUAUAUUGCUGGCCAGGAGGUUGGAAACGUGCCAUAUGUAGUUGAAAAUGGAUGUGGGAAAUUCUCUAAAUCGCCAUAAGAGAUAGCAAAUAUUGUUGCCGAGUGGUUUGGCCCGAAAGCUGAAGAGCUUAAGGCCAUGUCCCUAAAUGCAUUGAAGCUGGCUCGCCCUGAUGCUGUGUUCAAGAUCGUUCAUGAUCUUCACGAUCUUGUUAAAGGAAGAAGUUUCGUACCCCACUAUUCCUCCACAACUUAACCCUCCUCUCAUCUCCUCUGCAAUUUUGGUACAUCAUGUGUUGGACAGAUAACAAAUUGACCAUAAUGAUCACAUACCUGCAUUUGACAAUUGUAAUACGUAGGGACUUUUUACUGUUUUUCAAUGCAAAAUUAGAUUUUGUAUGUACAUUAAACUUUCCAAAA